AUGCACCAGCUUCAUUCUAGAGAUGGAUCAACAAGGUACUCAAUAAGUACCUCGACAUAUAUUGCAUCAUAUACUUGGAUGAUUCGGAAAACAUACACCAACACCAAAAGGAUAUAA